AUGAAGUUUUACUCCUGGUUAGCUUUGGCCUCUGCGCCUCUUGCUAUGGCCAACAAGGUCCAGAAUGCCUACCCCGACAAUGCUGCCCGAGCAGUUGAAUUGGAGAUGGAUGAGCGAAGCAUCGCCAUUGCCAGCGGCAUGGCUGGUCACGGCAUCACUGCCAACUCCCUGACUGAGAUCAUCAUCAUCUGGGCCAACCCUGGUGGCGGUGCUGCCACCACCACCUAUAACCAGAAGGUCACUGUCACCGAGACUGUGACUGUUGGAGGACAGACCACAACCGCCGCCGCCGCCGGUGCUACCCACACCGUCACCGUUGGAGGAGCUGCUGGUCUUGUUUACUCUCCUCCUCAGCUCAACAACAUCCCCGUCGGUGACACCGUCAUCUUCGAGUUCCAGUCUAUGAACCACACCGUUACCCAGUCUGCUUUCGACACUCCUUGCAAGAAGCUCGAGGGUGGUAUGGAUUCUGGCUUCCAGGCCAACCCCAACAACACCAUCUCCCCUGCUCCCCAGGUCGCUAUGCAGGUUAUGGCCUCUACUCCUCUCUGGUUCUACUGCCGACAGAAGGGUCACUGCGGUAAGGGCAUGGUCUUCUCCAUCAACCCUACUGCUGCCAAGACCCAGGCUCAGUUCCAGCAAAUGGCUAUUGCUCAGAACGGCACCGGUGCUGCUACUCCCAUUACUGGUGGUACCAGCUCUGCUGCUCCUGCUCCUCCUCCAGCUCAGUCUUCUGCUGCUGCUGCUCCUCCCCCUGCCGCUCCUCCUGCCGCCCCCCCUGCUAGCGGAGACAACGCUGGUAGCAUCACGCCCGGCAAGGGUACUGUUGGUGCUGAUGGAAGCUGCUCUUGCUUCGUUCAGUGCUCCCCUGGUAGCUUCCCUGUGAACGCCGCUCAGGGCGUUGGUGCCCACGGUGGCUGGGGUGGUGCUCUUCCCAUGAACAUGGCUGCCAUGUCAUAA